AUGGCCGGUCGUGGGAAGGCAAUCGGCGCCGGCGCGGCCAAGAAGGCGACGUCCCGGAGCUCCAAGGCUGGGCUGCAGUUCCCCGUGGGAAGGAUCGCCAGGUUCCUCAAGGCCGGCAAGUACGCCGAGCGCGUCGGAGCCGGCGCCCCCGUCUACCUCGCCGCCGUCCUUGAGUACCUCGCCGCUGAGGUCCUGGAGCUGGCCGGAAACGCCGCCAGGGACAACAAGAAGACCCGUAUCGUGCCGCGCCACAUCCAGCUCGCCGUGCGCAAUGACGAGGAGCUGACCAAGUUGCUCGGCGGCGCCACCAUCGCCAGCGGCGGUGUGAUGCCCAACAUCCACCAGCACCUCCUCCCCAAGAAGGCCUCUUCCUCCAAGGCGUCCACCGUCGAUGACGACGACAACUGA